AUGGGUGUGUGGGAUGGGUUGGGGGGUAGGGGGUGGGGGGUUGGGGGGGGGGAGGCUGUGGGGGCUGUGUGUGGAUGGGGGGGGGGGUGUGUUGAGGGGGGUAUGGGGGGGAUGGAGGGGUGGGGGGUGUGGGGGUGCUGGGGGGGGGGGGCGUGGGGGGGUGAGGGGGGGGGGGGGGGUUGGGGGGGUGUGUGGGGGGUGGGGGGGGGCUGGGGGCGGGGGUGUGAUAAGGGGGUGGGGGGGUUAGGGGUGGGGGGGGGGGGGGGUGGGUGGGGCUGGGGGGGGGUUGUGGGAUUGUGUGGGGGUGUGGGGGGGUUGUUGGGGGCGGGUGGGUGGUGGGGAGGGGGUGGGGGAGGGUGUGGGGGGGGGUGGGUGGGGUGGGGUGAGGGGGGAGGGGCGGUAGGGUGGUGCUGGGGGGGGGGGGAGAUGGGGUGGGGCGGGGGGGGGGGGGUGGGGCAGGUAGUAGGUGGGUGGGGCGGUGUGGGCGUGGGUGGGUGGUGGUUGGGGGGGGGGGAGUUAGGGGGGGUGGUGAUUGGGGGAAUGUGCUGGGGGGGGUGGUGUGGGGGUGGGGGGGGGGGGCGGGGGGGGGAGGUGGGGGGGUGGGGGGGUGUGGGUGGGUGGGGGUGGGGUGAUGGAUACGUGCGGGUGGUGGGUGGGGGGGUGAUGGGGGGGGGGGGGGGGGUGGGGGGGUGGUGGGUGGGGGGGGGGGGGGGGCGGGGGGGGGAUGUGGGUAGUCGUAGGGGGGGGGUCAAUCCAACCUGUGGGAGGGGGUGGAGGGGGUGGGGGGUGGUAGUUGGGGGGGUGGGGUCGUGGGGGUGUGGGGGGUGGCGUGGGGAGGUGCUGGGGGGUGGGUGGGGGGGUGGGGUGAGGUUGGAUGGAGUUGGGGGGAGGUGGGGUGAGGAGGGUGGAGGUGAGUUGUUGGGGGAGUGGGUUCGCGAGUGUGGUGUGUGUUGGGGAUGGGUGGGUUGGGUGUGGUUGGGCCUGUGGAGGGGGUGGGUUGGGUGGGAUGUGGGGAGGAGGCCCGCGAGGGGGGGGGGCGGGGGUAUGGGUGGGGGUAUGGGAGGGGUGUGGGGUGGUGGGGUGAUGGUUGGUGGGGGGGCGGGGGGUGGGUGUGGGGGGGGGGUGGGGGUUGGGGUUGUGGGGUGGUUGGGGGUGGGGGGGGUGGUGGGGGGGGGUGGGUGGUUUGGGUGGUGGGGGGGGGGGUGGGGGGGUUGGUGGGGGGGCGGGACGGCGGGGUCGGGUGGGUUGGGGGGGUUGGAGGGUGGGUGCGGGGGUGCCGGGCCCGUUGGGGUGGAGGGUGGGGUUGGGGUGCGGGGGGGUGGGUUGCAGGGGGGUGGUGGGGGGUGGGGGGGGGAGGAGUUUGGGGGUGUUGGGGGGUGUGGGGGUGGGGGGGGGGGUAGGGUGGGGGCCGUCGAGGUUGUGUGGGUGGGGUAUGGGUUGGUGUGGUGGGGGGGUGUUGGGGGGCGGGGGCGGGGGGUGGGGGGGGAGGGGGGGGGGGUGGUGGGUGGGUGUGGGGGUGAGGUGGGGGGGGGGGGCGUGAGGUGGGGGGGUGGGGGGUGUUGGGCGGUCGGUGGGGGGGGGGGGGGGUGGGGGGGCGGGUGGGGUGGGGGGGGGGGGGGUGGGGUGUGGGGGGUGGUGAGGGGGGGGGGGUGGGGGGGGGGGGGGGAGCCGGUGGGGUGUCGGGUGUGCGUGGAUGGUGGUUGGGGGGUGGCCGCUGGCGAUGGGGCGAGGGGAGGGUGGUUUGUGGGGGGGGGGGGGGGUGUGGGGGGAUGGGGGGUGGUGGGACCGUGGUGGUGGUGGGGUGGGGGGGGGGGGUGGGGGGGAGCGGUGGGUGGGGGUGGGGGCGGGUGGGGGGGGGGUGUGAGUGGGGGGUGGCGUGGGUGGGGCUGCUGGUGGGGGGGGUGGGGGGGUAGGUGCGGGGGAGUGGCGGUGGCGUGGCGGGGUGCGGGGGUGGGGUGGGGGUAUCGGCGCAGGCGUGGCGGGGGGUGGGGUGGGGUGGGGGCGCAUGGGUGGGUGGGAGUGGGGGGGGAGGUGGGUGGGUGGUAG